AUGGCUCCUGCAGAUGAAGAGGGUACUCACCUCUACCUGACCGGGUCCCCACAGGAAGAGCUUGAGCUCCGUUUCGUGGAGGAUGAUGAUGAUACAGGCGACCCCCAGCAGGUCUUCCUGGAAUGUGACUGGCAGCAGCCUGGGGAACUGCUUGGUGUCAUUGAGCCGCAGCUGCAGAUUCCCCUGUCGAUGGACUUCAGCGUCGUGGCCUAUGUGAUGCGUCAGUCGGAGGUCGCAGCUGAGAGCAGGAUCAUCUCCAGCGAUGGCUGGAUGUUGGCUGCAGGGGCGAAGGUCAGAUUUGCAACAGGCGGUGCCAUGGAACAAAGAUCCGAGGAGCCGCCCGAGGAUGCCCCCGAUGCGCCACCAGUGGAAUCCCCUGGAGGAAGUGAGAUUGUCGGGUUGACCUCCAUCGAUGAUGGGCAGUGGCACCAUGUGGCUGUGGUCUUUAAAGCUGAGACUGCCAUGGCCCAGCUCUUUGUGGAUGGGCAAUGGGAAGGAGAAGAGAUGGUAGAGGUGGCGGACAUUGAAAGCUCUGGUCCUGUGGUGCUCGGUCAAGAUGAAGGUGAAACACCUCAUAGCAAGGAUUUCAAGGUCUUUUGGAAGGCCCUGAGUCCAUCGCAGAUCUAUGGCCUGAUGACGGACAGCAAGGACUGA